AUGACGAACUGGCGCCUCGUUAUAACGACGAAACGUGUGGGCCUCGUCCAUUCUUUUAUAUUUUUGCUGGCGCCUCGUUAUAACGACGAAAAACGUGUUCGGGCCUCGUCCAUUCUUUUUUAUAAAUUGCUGGGGCCUCGUUAUAACGAUUGUUCGGCGCCAUUUCGUUAUUGCUGGCGCCUCGUUAUAACGAGGAAACGUGUUCGGGCCUCGUCCAUUCUUUCAUAUUGCUGGCGCCUCGUUAUAACGAGGAAACCAUUUAUAACGAGGAAACGUUCUUUCGAGCCUCGUCCAUUCUUUCAUAAUUGCUGGCGCCUCGUUAUAACGACGAAACGUCCUCGUCCAUUCUUUCAUAAAUUGCUGGCGCCUCGUUAUAACGAGGAAACGUGUUCGGGCCUCGUCCAUUCUUCCAUACAUUGCUGGCGCCUCGUUGUAACGAGGAAACGUGUUCGAGCCUCGUCCAUUCUUUCAUACAUUGUUGGAGACUCGUUGUUCCUUUUGGGACAGCAAAAGAAGAGGCUGUCUCAUUCUAAUUCUAAUUCUAUCUAUCUAUCUAUCUAUCUAUCUAUCUAUCUAUCUAUCUAUCUAUCUAUCUAUUCUGUGCAAUAA